AUGCACGACGACACAACAACAACGCAGGAGUAUGAAGGAUACAGGAAAAGUAAUGUCGUAAUUCAUCAAUUUAACUCACUUUCUCUGGGACCGUCGGAUUUUAUUACAAAUAGCAGACUUGCCGCGAAGCGUGGUGCCAUGCCGGCGGCGAGGUGGGCAGAGUUUAUUAGCGCAAAGGACCUGGGGUCAGAAGAGGUGGAGAUGAAGCUUCAUUUAAAAUUGGAGGUUGUGUAG